GUGCAACCUGGAUUUGCUUGAUUUUGAUGAUUUGACCUGGAUCCAUGGAUUUCUGCUGGCCGCAUCGAUGAUGGAUGAUGGAGACGAGGAUGCAGAGAUCACGCUGGCAUUGCAGGCCGCACCGGUGAUGGAUGAUGGAGACGAAGAUACAGAGAUCACGCUGGCAUUGCAGGCGGCUUCACACCGUGCCUCCCAGGCCUCCCAGGUCCAGGCCUCCCAGAUCCAGGCAUUGCUGUUUUCUCACUACAUCCGCUGUGCAGCAGAUUUUGCUCGGGCGGUAGUGUUCGCUGUGGCAUUCGCAUUAGGCGCGAAGGUUGCUCAAGAGGUGAAGGACUCGCUCAAUGGCCCGCGGAAGGUGCCUUCACCUAGCACUCUCUCAAGGUCCGGCAGUGCCCACUGGGAUCUGGACUGCGAGGAGGAGGCGGAGGAGGUGGAGGAGGAGGAGGAUUCUUCAAGAUGCGGUAUCUUUCGCUUCUGUGGACGCAGCGUGUGUCGCUUGGUUGCACUGGCCGGUCAAUAUCCUGAAAGUAGUGGCGUUCAUUGCGGAGUCGAAACGCAUGCUAUGCCAGUGACGAUCCUGGGGAGCGGUCGCAGCGGGCUCUCGAGCAAGUUUGCUGCACUUAUCCACGUGUCCAAACUCGAAGUUUCAGGAAGUGCCGCAGAGCUCAGCAAGUGGUCCCGUCGCAUCGUCUCAUGGACCAGCGACUUCGGAACUGAAAGCUUGAUGUGUCAGGUUCCGCCUGUCCCGCUGGGAGACUUGAUGCUGGAGCAAGUCCAGGAGAUGGGGCCUCAUUUCCGGUACUCCGGGGAUCACUCAGAGGAUAACCGGUAUUUCUUUGAUCUCAGCGGGUCCCUCAUGAUUACAGGGAUGGCCCACAUCUUUGACAACAUUACCAAAGACAUAUUGCAUUGCCUGCCUUCCUUCGGUGAAUUCCAGCAGUCGUUGCGAACACUGAGAUGGAACUCCCUGACGAAAUGCACGGAUGCGCUUCUCAAGAGACGUGGUGCACUUGUCAAUCUUUGGUCUGCUGCAAAAUUUUCCUUCAAUGCGAGUGGUGAUGGAGAUCAGGGCCGGGAGAGAUCCUACGCAGUGGCUGCAUCUUUCAUAAAGGCAGUGGAUGACACGAUUCGCAGCCGAUUCUUCUGGGGAUACUGUAUGAUGGUGAACACGCUGGCUGGUUUCCUUACUUCUCUGGCAAGUUGGUGCGAGGGCUGCCAGUGCCACGAAGAUGAGCUGACAUCGAACAGCACCUACUUUCUCAGAUCUAAGCUGACCAGGCAGGAAGGCACGAGUUGUUGUUACAAAGGUCGCAGAGCACCAGAGCUUGCAGCUGGCUUCUUGAAACAACACGUUGAUUGGCUGGCCUCCUCUGCGAUGACCGAGCUCUUGGGCUUCAUCGAAGGACUACCCCCAGAUCAGUCAUCGAAGAUUCUUGAAGACUUUCACACUGCAUGCGACCGCGCACUGCUUGAGAUACAGGUAAAGACCCAUCAUUGGGAAGAGCUUCCGUGGGCUUUGGCCGUCAGUGGCCACCACGAUGUCGAAGUGGCACGUGCGGGCCUAAGGCGCCUCCGUGACAAAUUCUUGAAGACAGAGAAAUCACAACGGCACCACCGUAUGACGCGCCGAUUCUUUGACUCGAUGUACGAGGGGGUUGCUGACGACCCUCAUGAUGAACCGUUGUAUCUCGAGGUUGAAGACUUCCUUGCAGGGGAGGACAUUGAGAACCUGGGCAGUUUGCGGUUCUGGGCUGGUGCACUGAAGAUGAUCAGAAUCAUCGAGCGUCCAAUCGAGGUCCUAGCGGCUCUACAUCGUGACAUCAAGGCGACCUUUUCAAGGGCACCAGCUGCGGCAGAUGCAUAUGUUUCUACAGAGGUGCGUUGGAAGGACUUGGAAAAGUUGUUCUCGAACCCAGCUGAUUCUUGGCUUGCGCCGGUUCAGGGAAUGAAGGGUGAAAGGAACACGUUGAGUUGA